AUGGCGAACAGAGAGAGCCAUGCUCAGGAAUAUCUAAAGAAACACAAGAUAAUGGAAUUAUUUGAGAACUUAACAGCGCAAUUGAUCUACGAAAGACCAGGUAAGAAAUUCAAAAAGCGAUUUCUCGUUGUGGUGAGAGCCUUUUGUUGUUGUUUAUCAUAGCAGUUGACUGGAAAGAGCUGUUGACGUUUUGGAUCAGUUUUGAUUGACAGCUAGUUGAUUUUAUUCUUGCACUUCCCUUCAUAGAGGAUCCAAAAGCGUACAUGAAACAAUUUUUGGAAAAACUAAAAGAUGCGAGAACAGUGCAAAGAAACUACCCGUGCAUAUUCGACGACAGCAAUGUGAGGUCAUUGUUUGGAAUGCUUGAUGUCACAGGAAAAGGAUUCAUAACCUAUGAACAGUACAAACAAGGUGAUGUGACUAAUGUGUACAGGACCCUUUACAGCGCUACCUCUCAAACAUUUAACCAUUGGUUGAGUGUUUUGCUUCCAUCAAUCACCAUAAUGGAAUAUUCAGGAAACAAAGGUUUUCAUCAAUGGACUCGAAAGGUCAAAUCUGUGGACUGUAUACUUACUUGUCUGGGGGGUGAAUUGUCUGACAUUUCUUUGAUAAUGUUAUAAAACAAUUAGUUCAUGCGUCAGCGUGCGUAUGUCGAGAUAUUGAGCAUGCUGGAAGUUUGGAGAGCAUGAAAGAGGCGACUCUUGAUUGCUUUCCAAACUUCCCAAGUGCUCAAUAUCUCGACAUACGGACAGCUGAAGCAUGAACUAAUAUUAUUGUUUUAUAACAUUAUCAAAGGAAUGUCAGACAAUUCGUGCCCCAGACAAUUCGCCUCCAACAACUAGCCUCCAGUAUACAGUAUCACCUGAGUUAAAUAUCUUAGAAUCACUCGUUUAAUAAAUGAACUGUCUUCAACCCCUUUCUAAAUGUCUAGUUGUGUGAGUGACUCCCGCCCCUUGAAAUUCUAAAUAAGUUCGCAAUUCGAGUCCACUUAAUACAUGCGGGGACAUGUAGUCCGAGAGACACCAGUCCCAUGAAAAACAAAUUAUUAUAAUUAUAUGUAACUAAAGCUAAUUUAUUAUUUCUCAUUCUAAUGUUAAACUUAAUCUACAAAGUGGAAUGUAAGUCCAUAAUGUGGGGGCUAGUUGUCAGGGGCUAAUUGUCUGCGGGGUGAAUUGUCUGGAUACCUGUCAAUGCAGCAGUUACCUUAAAUUUUCAUUAUUAUAGCGUGUACUCAAAGCAGCACACAUCAGUGUCUAUGUGACUAUAUUUUUUUACCUCACAGUUAUGUUUUUGUCUUGAACUUGAGAGAAUGUUUAAUCAAGUUGCUUAAAGAUAAUGGUCAAAAAUAUUUUAAAAUCCAUAUUGAGGUGCCGGAAAACUAUUAAUUCACCAAAAAAUUCAUUUUGAAAGAAAUAACUUUGCAAGGAAUCAUUUCCACACACCAUAGCCCACACAGCUUUCGCAAAUGACAACAGCAUCAACACUCACCUCUUUUCCCUAACAAAUUCAAAAGUUUUCUCUUGAGUUUACGUUAUAAAACACAUGGUUAAUGCUUUAUCAUGUACUAUUGAGUUACGGAUGCACUUGGGAGACAUCUUGGGAGGAUUGCUAAACUCUCAAGAACUCAAGGUAUAGUUUACUGAUGUCAUCAGCAUGCUCAAUUAUGGGAACAUGAAGCACGCUCAUGCUAUCGAAUUUGAAUAGGCGAAUAUUCUAGCUAUGUUAUAAAGGGUUUUAGUUAGAAUUCGAAAAGAUGGAAUAAUAUAUUCAAUAGGUGCAAUUAGUAUGCAAAGCAGCAAUGGGCACAACAUUCUAGGGGGUUCAGAGUAUGCCCCCCAAGGAAAUUUUCAACAUCGUGAAAGCUCAGAGAUGCAAUUUGGUGAAUUGCAUUAAAGAGAUAAAUAUUAUUUUAACCCCAAGGGUAUUCUAUACUGCUUUGAUGCAAAGUAUAACAAAACUUAUGUUUUUUGAAGCAGUGAAACUUAGUAAACCAUUUGUCUGUUGAAUUGUGAUAAUCAGUGGAUAUAGAGUGCUUGAUUUUGCUUUCAGUCUUAGAGUGAGAACAAGUGAGUUGCUAACAUUAGCAAGUUGAAUAUUUAAUAACUGAUUUUACAUUUGGAAGGGGGAAUGGGUGGGCUGGGGCUUGGGUGGGAUGCAAUCCAAGUGUCUAUGAAACUCUUUUGUUUUCUUGAUACAUCCCUAAAUGGUCUAUCACAUAUAUCACACUUACUACUAUUUUUCCUCAGAAAUUCAAGAUGUAAGGCUCUCAGUGAUGGUUCAUUAAUAAUAUUUUUUGCUCUAAACAGGUCUUGAGACACUAGGGAUUAAAAAAUAUGACAACGAUCCUCCAGGUGGAGACAUGGAUAGGAUAAGUUCUGAAUCAUUUUUAAAAGAAGCGUAAGUGGAGUGUUUUAUUCUGUGACUAUGGACUAUUGACAGUCAGACUGGUUUGAUUUUUUUUUGUGACCAUUUGCUUUUAAUAUUAUUAGUUUUACAGCGAGACAUUUGAGGGGGGGAACCACAAGGUUCUGUUUUGGUUUAAAAUUUUCAAAGUAAAAAAUGAAAUAACAAAACGUCUCUUACAGGCUGCUAACCAUCACAUAGAGAAAUUGUCAGCAUUAAUGUUGACCCUGUCCAAAAUGCUACAGACACUAAUACCUGGAUAAUUCCAGUUAUGUUUUAAUUGAAUGACCAACAGUUUCCCCAAAUACUUUUGUCAAUAACAAUAUCAAAAUUACAGCUGCAAUCACUGAUCAAGUAGGAAAUGGUAGUGAUGAGGCAGUUCAAUGAAUUGCUGUAUUUCAAUAAAAUGAUGUUGUCACAUUAUUGUUUGUAUUUUACUCUUGUUUUUGUUUUGUUUUCUUUUCAGACGUCAGGGUCUUGCUCAAGCAUCAGCAACAUUUGCUUUGUAAAUAUUUAUAUAACCAAAGUGUGUCAUUAGAGGUGAUAGUCUGUUACACAGAAGAGGAUUAUUUUAUUUUACUUGUGCAUGUUAGUACAAUAUUGUAUAUAGUUAUACUGCUG